GCUUGUUUCGUCUAUGGGGCUCCAUAUUUCCAAUGGAGUUCGGUCCAUCCUACGAAAUCUUUAGUAAUAUUUUUUUCUUUUUAAAUAAUUAGGAACUCAAUAAGAACUCAAGAUGAUGGAGCUGUCUCACAGCCUCACCCUCAACGAAGAGGUCCUGGCACAACUUCCCGAGGUCAAACGGCCCGUGUUCGUCUUCGAGUGGCUCCGGUUCCUCGACAAGGUCCUGGCGGCUGCUCCAAAGUCGGACAUUAAGCAGUGCCAGAAGCAGCUGGUGGACCAGCUGGUGCGUCAGAUGCGGGACGGCUCCCCGGGACCCCCGACGCGGAGGAUGCUAGGCCGCUGCCUGGCGACCCUGUUCAGCGUGGGGGACACCUUCCUGCUCUUCGACGCCGUCAACCAGUGCAACGACAUCCUCCGCAAUCGGGACGACUCUCCCAGCUACCUGCCCGCACGCCUAGCUGCCAUCACAAGCACAGGUGCCAUGUACGAGAAACUGGGUCGCAUGAUGGGCAGAAGCUACGACGACACCGUUCACAUCCUCCUCAAGUCGCUCCGAAAUGCGGAGUCGCAGUCUCGAUGUGAGACCAUGGCCACCAUGGAGAAGAUAGUUGCUGGCAUGGGGGUGGCAGCAAGCCCAAUCCACAAGGAUAUCUUCAAGGCUGUGCGCCACUGCAUGACCGACCGGGUGUUGGCUGUACGCUGCGCCGCUGCUAAGUGCCUGUUGGAGAUGGUGCGGCACGCCCCUUUCCUGUACACGACGGACCUGGAGACGGUGGCUUCCAUCUGCUUCCGCGCCUUCGAGGGCUCCAACUAUGAAGUGCGCUGCACUGUUGCCAGACUGCUGGGCACACUGGUGGCUAUCACGCAGCAGGCCUCCCAGGCACAGGUUGGCAAGAACCGACUGGCCAGCCUGGACGAAGUGCUGGCGCUGCUGGCCUCGGGUUUUCUCCGGGGCGGUAUCGGCUUCCUCAAGGGCAGCGCAGGCGAGAUGAUCAAGGGCGGCUCCUCGGUCAGCCGAGAGAUACGUGUCGGCGUCACUCACGCGUACGUGGUGCUGUUCCAGCGGCUGGGCGGCCUCUGGCUGGAGCGCCACCUCCCGGCAGUGCUCACGCACCUGCUGGAGUUGGUGGGCCACCCUAAGGCGGUGCAGACGCACGUAGACGCGGUGUACAGCCGCAAGUGCGUCUCCUUCGCCCUCCGCUCGGUCCUGGGCAAGAUGCUGGGCGACAAGGCGCAGGCCGCCGCCUGCAAAGACCUCGUGCAGGUCGUGGUGCGGCACCUCAACUCGGAUGCCAUUCUUGAGAACAACGGAGGCAAAGAAGGUCAGCAGGAGGUGGCCUUGAGUCAGCACAUUCUGGUGUGCGCCCUGCACGAGCUGGGCUGCCUCGUCGAGACCCUGGGCACGACUGCCGUCUCCACCCUCUCCGACUCCUCUGUCGGGCUGGUGGAAACGGUGUCCUCGGUGCUGGUCCACACAAGCCCCGCGGCGCGCCUGGCGGCGGCAUGGUGCCUCCGCUGCGUGGCGACGGCCGUUCCGGCGCAGCUGACCCCUCUCCUCGACCGCUGCCUAGACCAGCUGGAGUCCCUCAAGUCGAUGCCGGAUGCCAUCUCGGGAUACUCGGCCGCCCUGGCUGCACUCCUCGGGUCUGCGCGCCACACGCCGCUGGGGCUGCCCCACAACAAGGGAAAAAUGAUCUUCAACCUCGCCGAGGACCUGCUGCGGAGUGCGUCGCAGAACAGUCGCCUGUCCCUGCAACGUACGCAGGCCGGCUGGCUUAUGAUGGGGGCCGUCAUGACUCUCGGGCCUCCCGUGGUGAGGAGCCUCCUGCCGCGGAUGCUGCUGCUGUGGAAGAACUCCUUCCCGCGUUCCACCAAAGAGCUUGAAUCCGAGAAAGUUCGAGGGGACGCGUUCACCUGGCAGGUGACCCUCGAAGGGCGAUCGGGAGCGCUCAGCUCUAUGGCAAGCUUCCUGAAACACUGCAAAGAGCUGGCCUCGGAUGAGAUAGUUAGGAGAAUUUUGUCACCCGUGGAGUCUGCACUGCUCAUGCUGUCCGGGAUUGGACUGACCAUCAAGUCGUACGGCCAGCACCUGAAAGCCAGCGCAGCCAUGGUGAGGCUGCGCCUGUACGAGACCAUGUCUCUCCUGCCGCCGCAGUCCUACGAGAGCAGUUACAACAACCUGCUGCGGCUGCUGGUAGCCGAGUUCACGCUCACGGAGAACCAAGCCAACACCACCACCUCUCUGCUCCGCAGCCUGUGCCACUCCGAUGACAGCGUCAUCCUCGGCUCGUGGCUACAGGAGACGGACCACAAAGCCAUAGAAGAUCAGAUGGAGCCCCACAGGAAGUCGGACAAGGCCUUUUUGCAGCCAAAUAGUGCUUCGGGCUCGGGGGCAUUGGAGCAUGACACCACUGCACUGUAUAGAUCGCUUAACAAGGGCGACGCGUUGCCGGGACCGCUGCCCCUGGGAGUGGCCGUCAUCGACAUGUCGGUGGUCCUGUACGGUCUGGUCUUUCCCCACGUGGCGUUCAAGCACCGCCUCCAGAUGCUGGACCACUUCUCCGAGUGCGUGCGACACAGCAAGGCGACGCGCCAGGAGGCAGUCCAGAUCAACAUCUUCACCGCACUGCUCAGUGCCCUCAAGGCCUUGGCCGAGACAAAGAAUUCGUUGGGAGGCGAAGACGUCCGCAAGGCAGCUGUCGGUCUCAUUCACGGAGCCCUGAGUCAUCCGAAUCCAAUCCUGCGCUGCGCCGCAGGAGAGGCAUUGGGGCGCAUGGCACAGGUGGUGGGCGACGGCCGCUUUGUUGCCGAAAUGGCCCAAGACAGCUUCGACAGGCUGAAGACGGCGCGUGACGCGGUGUCCCGCACGGGCCACUCGCUGGCCCUGGGCUGCUUGCACCGCUACGUCGGGGGCAUGGGCUCGGGUCAGCACCUCAACACUAGCGUCAGCAUCCUGCUCGCCCUGGCUCAGGACAUGAACGCCCCCGUGGUGCAGGUGUGGGCCCUGCACGCCCUAGGCCUGAUUGCCGACUCGGGAGGGCCCAUGUUCCGGGGCUACGUGGAGCCCACCCUGUCCCUGGCCCUGAAGCUGUUACUCAGCAUGCCCCCGACACACGUGGACGUGCACCAGUGCAUCGGCAAGUGCCUCUCGGCCGUCAUCACCACCGUGGGGCCCGAACUCCAAGGCAACACCAGCUCCAUCAGCACUGCACGGUCCUCUCUGCUGGUGGCCUGCAGCAUCAUGCAGGAUCACGGGGAUGCCCUGGUGCAGACGGAGGCCAUCUCCUGCCUCCAGCAGCUGCACAUGUUUGCACCUCGCCACGUCAACCUGUCCUCCCUCGUCCCCGUGCUCUGCAGUGCCCUGAACUGCCCGCACCUGCUCCUGCGGCGCGCGGCCGUGGCCUGCCUCAGGCAGCUGUCACAGCGAGAGGCCCGAGAGGUCUGCGAGCACGCCGGCUCUUGGGCCAAGGAGAACGCCAGAGUGGGCGCCUCCAACGGCAAGGGGGGUUCGUCGCACCACAAGAGCCAGUCCCAGCAGCAGCGCUGGGCAUGCGAGGGCGCCCCGCUGCCCUGGGAGGCGGAACUGCCCGGCGUGCUGUUUGCCCUGCUGGACCGAGAGACCGACCCCCGGCUGGUGUCGCACGUCCACGACUCGCUGACCAGCAUGCUGCAGGCCAUGCUGGACGACAGCCUCGGCCACUGGCUGGGACUCUGCAAGGACGUGCUCACCGCGGCCGACAUAACAGCCUCUGCCACAGCGACCACAGCCACGGUCGUGGAAAGGGAGACGGACUUGGAAGCCGGAGACGAAGACGAAGAUGUGGACGACGAGGAAGCCAUCAAGGCCGGAGAGGAGCCGGCGUCCCACCCGGCUGUGGGCCCGCGCUGGCCGACCAAGGUGUUUGCCGCGGAAUCCCUGCACCGGAUUGUGGCGCUCUGCGAAGGCAAUAAAGCCCACUUUGACCUCACCCUGGCCAGGGAAGAGAAGUCCAUGAAUCCCAAGGAGGACUUUUUGGUGCUCCACCUCUCCGACCUGGUCCGGAUGGCAUUCAUGGCCGCCACCUCCGACAGCGAUGCCUUGCGUCUUGAGGGGCUGAAGACACUGCAGCUCAUCAUUGACAAAUUUUCACAAGUGCCAGAGCCAGAGUUCCCGGGGCAUGUCAUCCUCGAGCAAUACCAAGCACAGGUUGGAGCAGCACUGCGGCCUGCAUUCUCUCCAGAGACGCCCUCCCACGUAACUGCAAUGGCCUGCCAGGUGUGCAGCGCUUGGAUCGGCAGCGGAGUGGCGCGGGACCUCAAUGACCUGCGCCGCGUUCACCAGCUUCUCGUGUCCUCCCUGACAAAGCUGCAAAAGGGUGCCAACUCCCUGCUCUACAAUGAGAGUGCAUCCACUCUUGAGAAGCUGGCCAUACUCAAGGCCUGGGCUGAGGUGUACAUUGUGGCGAUGGAGAAGGAGCAGGAGAACGUGCCAAAGCGGGGCAGCGGAGACGCCGCCGGUGAAACGGGCGACCCGGUGCCGACAGAAGAAGCGCUGGGCAGAGAAUCCCUCCUCAAGCUCGUUUCUCCCGAGCUGGUGUGCCUCAGCCGCUACUGGUUGGCCGCUCUCAAGGACCACGCACUCCUCUCCUUGCCCGGAGAGUUCUCGAGCCAGCUGCCGCACGACGGCGGAGCCUUCUACACGUCGGACACGGUAGAGUCCGCGAGACCCCACUACCGGGAGGCGUGGCCGCCGAUCCUGCAUGCGGCCUCCCUGUGGCUCUGCGAGGGGGGAGGCUUCGAGGGGGCCCUGCACCAGGAGGCCCCCCAGGGGGCGCUGGGGCCGGGGGGCCUCCGGGGGGGACCCGCCUUCCUGCAGCUGUCCAGGGGCGCCCACAGCAGGAGCCCCGAGCAGAUCAACAAGGACUGGUUCUACCUCCUCUUCGGGGUGUGCAUGGAGGCGCUGUGUGGUCCUCGAGUGUCGGAACCUCCCGAGUGCGUGCUGGUGUGCCUGCAAGCCCUGCACCAGCUGCUCAGUCAUCCCUUGCCCAGGGAGAUCCUCGGCGGAGACCUCCAGCUCUCCGUGGAGCUCUGCAAUGUGCUGCACAGGAUCUUGCUGGCGAGAGACAACGCCCAGUGCCAAAUCAUGGUCAUAAAGAUCGCCAAGCUGGUGGUUGGCGCCUGGCAGGAGUCUUACGACACGGAGAGAAAGAACAAGCUCAGGGAACUGGGUCCGGCCAAUCAAGAGCCCCGGGGGGCUGCAGAAGCGGCGUUGGCGUCCAUCGGGGAGGGCGCGGACAACAACGGAGGGGAGCUGCAGGCGGGGCGCUCGGUCGUGCACGCCCUGCUGGAGGUGUGCCUCUGCCUCCUGGUUCGCCACUUGCCACAGCUGAGCCCCACCCUGGCGAACGCCGUGCACGGUGCCGGGCGGGCGCAGGGAGCACGCAGGCUGGAUGCCGACACCGGGGAGCUGGUCGCCGCGGCGCUGGGCGUGAUGGCCGACCUUCCCCUGCUCUGCUCUCCCGCAGGCUGCAUGACAGUGGUGCCGACAAUCCUGUUCCUCACCACAAACGUUCUGAAGGAGGUGGCGGUGAAGAGCGAGCCGGGCUCGUCGCAGCAGGCGAACCCAAUUGUGACGACCGCUCCGGUCAGCGCGGUGCUCCAGGCUCUCAAGGCCCUGGCCCUGCUGCCGCUGUCCCAGAACAGCGACCACUCGAAGGAAUGGAUCUCGCUUCUGCGAAGCACGCUGUCCAGGAUCAUCGACUUCAGCAAGACAAGCGAAGAGGCGAGUACGCCCGACGACAUCUCGAUGCUGUUGGCCAUCGCCAUGUUUGUGCUGAACGCUCCCAAGGAAGUGGUCUCCGUACCCAACCUGCAGUACCCCUGCAUCAACCUGUUCAAGCAGGGACUCCUCAAAGAUGAUCUGGUCCAGCUGUGGUGCAUCCAGACGCUGAGGUCCAUCUUCCAGCACCAGGACCGCACAGUGUCCACGCCGUACAUCCACAGCCUGGGGCCCCGGGUGGUGGAGACACUGGUGCGCUGCGCUGAGGACCUGGCCUCUGCGCCGGGCAACACAGGCGGGAGCAGCGACCUACGGCUCAGCGUGGCCCUCGAGUGCCUUCAGACGCUCGAGUCGCUGCUCAUCGCCGCACCCUCUGAAGGAAAGGCGCACAUGAUGCUCCUGUACGUGCCGGUGCUGGUGAACUUGCUCCUGGACCCCGCAGGACACAAGUCGGCGCUGUCGGCCCGGAAGCAGCUCCACCAGAACGCCCUGGGGCGCCUCACCAGGGUGGGGCCCCAGUACCCGCAGGAAUUUCGCUCCGUCAUGGCGCAAUUGCCUCAGCUCAAGGGCAAGAUAGAGAGUAGCGUUCGGUCAAGCGACGAAGAAGGGAGGAGGAGCCAGGCCCCCAAGGUGGCCGUCCCGGCCAAUCACGGCACACCCAGCAUCAAGCUCAAGACAGACUUCAGCAACUUCACGGGGUAGACGCCAGAGACGCGGUACAGAUGUGUUCAAACUGGAGAAAUGGGAGAGCCUUGGAAGGAAACGUCGUUCUGGACAUCCACAUCUUCUGUGUUACUUGCGGAACGAGGGUCGGCACACCUGGCAACAGGGCUCGUGCGAGGUGCUUGUGUCAGACAGAAAACGGUUGCCCCGCAGCCAGCUACAGGGAUGAGCUAGCAACACUAGAACAAGCAACAAAGUCAUCUGCUGGUCGGAUGCGCACAAUCACUAGUGGUUCUUUUUAAUAGUUUGCGGAUUCACUAAACAAGCCACACUGGUACCCUCUCUAUCUCUCCAUAGGUCUAAACCGGUAUACGUCCUUCGACGAACUUUAAACUGGUAACGGAACCUCGCAAAAACCGACGGCCAAUCAUCUCUUAAAAUUUUUUACGUUACUUUUGGGGAUUUCUUAAUGUUUAGCGUAAAUACACAAACAAAAGUGCUCGCUUUUAAAGUAUGGCGGUGAUUCCCGAAGGCUAAAACUGCUGUUGUGGAUUUGAGCCAGAACUUUAGUCGACACGGAUAGUUCUUAGCAGAUUUAGAAUGAUGGUGUGUCUAAGAUCUUUUCUGCAGCAGAGCUCAUUGUCUUGAAUGGUGCUUUGCACAAGCUUCGAUUGUGUACAGCUCUCCAAAUUUUUAAUAUUGUGAAAGCGUCGACCCACAGGCCUGUCAACACCGUGUCACGGAGUCGCCGCGGCAAUACGAGAAAAAAUAAGCGUGCGCGGACAAAGCAGAUUUAUGUACAAACGUCGUCUGCUAGGCUCUUCUGCUGACUGCACACGGCAUUCAUGGCGGACAGCUCUACUGACAGGUAAAAAGCAGGCGCCGUGUGCAGUUAGCAGAUGAGCCUAACAGACGACACUUGCACUUCAAUGUGCAUUAAGUGCACACACUUUUUCUCGCACACAGCGCUGCGCUGCUCAAUGGUACGGGGCCGACCAGCCUGCAAGUCGACGUUCGCGCAAUGCUUUUAAAUAACUGGAGCUGUACAUGCCACCAAUGUGCCAGAGGCAGUGAACUAAUGGCAGAGUAGAUCACCUGGCUAUCGAAGGUCAUAACUGGCAUCAACCUAUUCGUAACAUUGUGUUUCGUGCCUUUGUUGAUGUCGUAGUAGUCGGGUUCGGUGAGCCAAGCACGUUUUAGCCUCUCGUCAGACACUUCCUUUAAGACUUAUUUAGAUAGCUGAAGCUGUUCAGAUGUAAGGGUGCAUAGUAGUAGUCCCCGCAGGAGUUUGCAGUGUACAUAUCUGGAACUUCAAUGCAAGGAACAGUAGAAAAAAGAAAGCGCAUGAAACAGCCAUGUUCAUGGAAUGUUCAAAAAAGUGUUCCAGUCGGUCUCCUCCAAAGAACCAAUCUUUCCACCCUUUUUUUUCUGGACCACUAUAUAUACAUAUAUAUAUACUGUCUACACUUGUUACUUUCUUUUUUAUUGUUUGAUAAUUGUGUACUAAUAAACAAGUCCCCAAGUA